AUGGAAAAUUCUCUGUUACUUCUCUGCAUGUUAACACUGUUGACUUGCUGCACUUGUUUGUCCAUUAACGAGACAUCAAUUGAUAGACCACAAAAGAUUCUAUCGAGGACAAAACGGUACUUAGUCUUUCCCGAAGGAUCGAGUUUCUCAGCUGCGACAUGCAUGACUAUUGGCAUUAUUGGGAAUCCCAGCGACCAGUUCAUCAGUUGGGCUCUCAAUUGGGGUGUCGCCUAUGAAUUGCCAACCAAUCAAUCUUACUACGUGGGCCUGAGUCCAGUCAUUGCGCGACGCUUUCGCAGAGAUUUGUAUGGCAAACUGGAACUGGCAAUGAAUGACAUGGGAUACAAUGGAAAGAGCUGCAUUUUGAAAGCACUGUGCCAGAGUUAUCAGUACUUCAGGAGCAGAGGAUCAAACAUGGUUGAAGAAAUGCUGAGAACAAUUUUCAGCUUGCCGAAGCAGAAAGUCUUCUCUUUUGAGCACAAGGAUUUGAAUGAAUACGACUUGGCCCAUCGUCAAGGCAGAUCACAGUCAGAUUGCGAGAAUCUAUAUCCAAAUUGUGGCUUUUCACUGCUCGAUCUUGCUCUUGGACGAUACAGCAAACCACCUCAAGACGUGAACUUUAUGUAG